GCUCACCAUGCUCAGUCUUCCUCGCCCACCAUGGACCCAGAUCCCCAGGCUGGCGUCCAGGUGGGCAUGCGUGUGGUGCGCGGCCUGGACUGGAAGUGGGGCCAUCAGGACGGUGGCGAAGGUGGCGUGGGCACAGUGGUGGAGCUCGGCCGACACGGCAGCCCCUCGACCCCUGACCGCACAGUCGUUGUACAGUGGGACCAUGGCACCCGCACCAACUACCGCGCUGGCUACCAGGGCGCCCAUGACUUGCUGCUCUAUGACAAUGCCCAGAUUGGUGUGCGUCACCCCAACAUCAUCUGUGACUGCUGCAAAAAGCAUGGGCUGCGGGGCAUGCGCUGGAAGUGCCGCGUGUGCUUCGACUACGACUUGUGCACGCAGUGCUACAUGCAUAACAAGCACGACCUCACCCAUGCCUUUGAGCGCUACGAGACAGCCCACUCACGCCCCAUCACACUGAGCCCCCGCCAGAGCCUCCCAAGGGUCCCGCUGAGGGGCAUCUUCCAGGGGGCGAAGGUGGUGCGGGGCCCCGACUGGGAGUGGGGCUCUCAAGAUGGAGGGGAUGGGAAGCCAGGCCGUGUGGUGGACAUCCGUGGCUGGGAUGUGGAAACAGGCCGGAGUGUGGCCAGUGUGACAUGGGCUGAUGGCACCACCAAUGUAUACCGUGUGGGCCACAAGGGCAAGGUGGACCUCAAGUGUGUGGGCGAGGCGGCUGGCGGUUUCUACUACAAGGAACACCUCCCACGGCUCGGCAAGCCAGCAGAGCUGCAGCGGAGGGUGAGUGCAGACGGCCAGCCCUUCCAGCAUGGAGACAAGGUCAAAUGCCUCCUGGACACGGAUGUGCUGAGAGAAAUGCAGGAAGGUCACGGCGGGUGGAACCCUAGGAUGGCUGAGUUUAUCGGACAGACGGGCACCGUGCACCGCAUUACAGACCGUGGGGACGUGCGCGUGCAGUUCAGCAAUGAGACUCGCUGGACCUUCCAUCCCGGGGCACUCAUCAAGCACAACUCCUUCUGGGUGGGCGAUGUGGUCCGGGUCAUCGAUGAUCUUGAUGCAGUCAAGCGACUGCAGGCCGGGCACGGCGAAUGGACAGAUGAUAUGGCCCCUGCCUUGGGCCACGUUGGGAAGGUGGUGAAGGUGUUCGGGGAUGGGAACCUGCGUGUGGCUGUUGGCGGCCAGCUGUGGACCUUCAGCCCCUCCUGCCUGGUGGCCUAUCGGCCCGAGGAGGACACCAACCUGGAUGUGGCUGAGCGGGCCCGGGAGAACAAAAGCUCCCUGAGCGUUGCCCUGGACAAGCUUCGGGCACAGAAGAGUGACCCAGAGCACCCAGGGAGACUCGUGGUGGAGGUGGCACUGGGCAAUGUGACUCGGGCACUGGACCUGCUGCGGCGGCACCCAGAGCAGGUAGAUGCCAAGAACCAGGGCAGGACCGCCCUGCAGGUGGCUGCUUACCUGGGUCAGGUGGAGCUGGUUCAGCUGUUGCUGCAGGCGCGAGCAGCUGUGGACAUGCCAGAUGACGAGGGCAACAUAGCGCUGCACUAUGCGGCCUUGGGGAACCAGCCAGAGGCUGCCAAGGUGCUGCUGAGUGCUGGCUGCAAUGCCGAUGCCCUCAACAGCUCUCGGGGGUCAGCGCUGCACGUGGCUGUGCAGAGGGGCUUCCUGGAGGUAGUGCGUGUGCUGUGCGAGUGUGGCUGCAAUGUCAACUUGCCUGAUGCCCACGCUGACACCCCCCUGCACUGUGCCAUCUCUGCCGGUGCUGGGGCCAGUGGUAUUGUCGAGAUCCUUACUGAGGUGCCAGGCAUUGAUGUCACCGCCACCAACAGCCAGGGCUUUACGCUGCUACAUCACGCCUCACUCAAGGGCCACGUGCUAGCCGUCCGGAGAAUUCUGGCACGGGCUCGGCAGCUGGUGGAUGCCAGGAAGGAGGACGGCUUCACGGCACUACACCUGGCUGCCUUCAACAACCACCGUGAUGUGGCCCAGAUCCUGGUCCAAGAGGGACGCUGUGAUGUGAACCUGCGCAACCGGAAGCUCCAGUCCCCAUUGCACCUGGCUGUGCAGCAAGCCCACGUGGGGCUGGUGCCCCUGCUGGUGGACGCUGGUUGCAGUGUCAAUGCUGAGGAUGAGGAAGGGGACACUGCCUUGCACGUGGCACUGCAGCGGCACCAGCUGCUGCCUCUGGCAGCUGAUGGGGCCGGGGGGGACCCAGGGCCCAUGCAGCUGCUGUCCAGGCUACAGGCCUCUGGCCUUCCCGGCAGCACCGAACUGACAGUGGGCGCCGCUGUUGCUUGCUUCUUGACGUUGGAGGGAGCCGACGUGAGCUAUGCCAACCACCGCGGUAGGAGUCCACUGGACCUGGCGGCCGAGGGCCACGUGCUGAAGGCCCUGCAGACCUGCGCCCAGCGCUUCCGGGAGCGGCAGGCGGCAGAGGGCAGUGGUGGUGGGGGCGUGGCGGGCGCCGGCCACAUGCUCUGCACCCCCUACACGGUGACCAACUUCCAUGUGGCGGCAGCAGCGGGCCCUGAGGCCGCCGAGUGCCUGGUGUGCUCCGAACUAGCGGUGCUGGUGCUCUUCUCACCGUGUCAGCACCGCACAGUGUGCGAAGAGUGCGCCCGCCGGAUGAAGAAGUGCAUCAGGUGCCAGGUGGCCAUCAUCAAGAAGCUGCGCCCAGACGGCACUGAGGUGGCCAACGUCCCGCCCGCUCCUGGCCCUCCACGACAGCUGGUGGAGGAACUACAGAGCCGCUACAGGCAGAUGGAGGAGCGCAUCACCUGUCCCAUCUGUAUCGACAGCCACAUCCGCCUCGUGUUCCAGUGUGGACACGGCGCGUGUGCACCCUGUGGCGCCGCGCUCAGCGCCUGCCCCAUCUGCCGCCAGCCUGUGCGGGACCGCAUCCAGAUCUUCGUGUGA